GAGGCGCACUCUGGAGCCACUGCCCUGCUCUCUGGAUCUCGGACUCAUGGAGCGGCGGCCGCUGCUGGGGGUGCAGUCCGGGCACGUUUGAUCUCUGCUGUCACCUGCCGCACACUUUGUGUGUAUUGUGUUGUUUGUGUCCCAGCGGCGCCGUCCGGCAUUGUGAUUCUCUGCCUUUGUUGGGAGGAUAUUGCACCGGGAGCGCAUGGUGCCGUGGCUGCUCCCUUGAGUUGUGUGUGUACUGGGUGUCACUGUCUAGCGGUGUCUUUAGUGUUGUGUUGUGUAGUGUGUGUGCACCGUGCGCUGCUCCUGGUCACUAAUCACCCGUCACCAUGCCGGAUCUCAUCAGCGUGUCGGAAUUUGUGGCUGAGACUAAUGAGGAUUACAAGUCUCCUACUGCCUCCAACUUCACCACCAAGCUGACCCAGUGCAGGAACACAGUCACAGCCAUAGAGGAGGCUCUUGAUGUCGAUCGAACCAUCCUAUACAAAAUGAAGAAGUCUGUGAAAGCCAUUAACACGUCGGGCCUGGCCCACGUGGAAAAUGAAGAGCAAUACACCCAAGCACUGGAAAAAUUUGGGGGCAAUUGCGUCUGUAGAGAUGACCCUGACUUGGGGACGGCCUUCCUGAAGUUCUCCGUCUUUACGAAGGAACUGACAGCACUUUUCAAGAACCUGGUUCAGAAUAUGAAUAACAUUAUAACAUUCCCACUGGACAGUUUGUUGAAAGGAGACCUUAAGGGAGUUAAAGGGGACUUGAAAAAGCCUUUUGACAAAGCGUGGAAAGACUAUGAAACCAAAGUGACCAAAAUAGAGAAAGAAAAAAAGGAGCAUGCAAAGCUACACGGGAUGAUCCGAACCGAGAUCAGCGGCGCUGAAAUCGCUGAGGAAAUGGAAAAAGAAAGACGCUUCUUCCAGCUACAGAUGUGUGAGUAUCUGCUGAAAGUCAACGAAAUAAAGAUAAAGAAAGGAGUGGAUCUGCUGCAAAAUCUGAUUAAGUACUUCCACGCGCAAUGCAACUUUUUCCAAGAUGGACUCAAAGCUGUUGAAAGCCUGAAACCGUCCAUUGAAAAACUUUCGACAGAUCUCCACACGAUCAAACAGGUCCAAGACGAAGAAAGAAAACAGCUGAGCCAGCUUAGAGAUAUCCUAAAAACUGCACUGCAAGUGGAGCAAAAGGAGGAUUCUCAGAUCCGCCAGAGCACGGCCUACAGCUUACACCAACCGCAAGGGAACAAGGAGCACGGCACGGAGAGAAACGGCUUCCUCUACAAGAAGAGCGACGGGUUAAGAAAAGUUUGGCAGAAGAGGAAAUGCUCGGUGAAGAAUGGAUAUCUCACCAUAUCCCAUGGCACAGCCAAUAUCCCUCCCGCAAAGCUAAACCUGCUGACCUGCCAAGUGAAAACUAACCCGGAGGAGAAAAAGAAUUUCGAUCUCAUCUCUCAUGAUCGGACGUAUCACUUCCAGGCGGAGGACGAGCAGGAAUGCCAAAUAUGGAUGUCGGUGCUCCAGAACAGCAAAGAAGAAGCCCUGAACAAUGCGUUCAAAGGAGACCACAAUACAGGCGAGAACAACAUCGUGCAAGAACUCACCAAGGAAAUCAUAUCGGAUAUCCAGAGAAUGCCGGGGAACGACGUGUGCUGCGACUGCGGAGCUCCAGAUCCCACUUGGCUUUCCACAAACUUGGGUAUAUUGACAUGUAUUGAGUGCUCGGGGAUUCACCGGGAGCUGGGUGUGCACUACUCGAGAAUACAGUCACUCACACUGGACGUCUUGGGGACUUCUGAGCUCUUGCUUGCCAAGAAUAUCGGGAAUUCUGGAUUUAACGAGGUAAUGGAGUUUUCUCUGCCUGUCGAUGAAGCCGUGAAGCCAUCUCACAGCAGCGAUAUGAAUGCCAGGAAAGACUACAUUACGGCGAAAUACAUCGAGCGGAGGUACGCGAGGAAAAAAUACGUCGAUAACACGUCAAAGCUGCACAGCCUCUGUGAAGCGGUGAAAAUGAGAGACAUAUUUGCACUGAUACAGCUGCACGCGGAUGGUGUGGAUCUUACCGAGACCAUUCCUCUGGCUAACGGACAUGAACAAGGAGAAACGGCCCUCCACCUCGCAGUCAGAUCCGUUGACCGCACUUCUCUGCACAUAGUGGAUUUUCUGGUACAGAAUAGUGGGAAUUUAGACAAACAGACUGUGAAAGGCAGCACAGCGCUCCACUACUGCUGCCUAACGGACAACGCCGAGUGCCUUAAACUCCUGCUCAGGGGCAAAGCCUCCAUAGAAAUCGCCAACGAAGCAGGAGAGACUUCACUGGAUAUAGCCAAGAGACUGAAACAUACGCAGUGCGAAGACCUGCUGAUGCAGGCGCUGACCGGCAGAUUUAAUUCCCACGUUCACGUUGAGUAUGAGUGGAGGCUCCACAACAUGGAUCUGGAUGAAAGCGAUGACGACGUGGAUGAAAAGACACAGCAGCCUAGUCCGAAUCGCAAGGAGGACAGAGACAGACCUCUUAGCUUUUACCAAUUAGGAAACCCGAUGCAGCCCAGCAUGGCCUGUCUAGCCAGAGAUGUGGCCAAUGUUGCGAAGGACAAGCAGAAGUUCCUGCCAAGUAUGCUGCAGAACGAGACCUACGGAGCCGUGCUCAGUAACUGCAGUAUCACGGUGAACGCAGCGGCAACCGGCAACGCACCGCCUUUACCUCCAAGGAACAUCGGCAAAGUCCAUUCGACUAUUUUUGGCAGUAGUGUACACACAUCUUCCAAUACCCAGGCCUGGAAACCUAACACAGUGGGACUUGAAAGUGGCAACAGACAAAGGUCCUCAUCGGAUCCGCCAGCUAUUCAGCCCCCUGUGCCACCGAUGCGUUUAACUUCCACUGCCACAAAUCCCCCCCCAGUGCCGGUUGGGAAGACGGCGAGCGUUCUGGAAGCCCUGAGCCAGCACUCCAAACAGAGCUCUGCGCCCCCCAUCUCGCAGAACAAGCCCGUGCCUCCCCCGGUCCCACCUCAGCCGCCAAACCGCCUCACGCCGAAAAAGCCAGCGCCCGGAAUGGAGAAACCAUCUGUCUUAAGCAAAGGCCAGCCUGUUCCUCCAGCAGCUCCGCAGCCUCCAGUAGAGCCGUCUUCUGACGCGCCACCUUCCCUGCCGGCACCUAAACCCAGUGCAGGAGGUCCCAUGCAGGCGCCAGCACCCAUGCCUCGCAAAUCACAGCUGGCAAAAAUUAAGCCAAAAAGGGUGAAGGCGAUAUACAACUGUUCAGCCGACAACCCGGAUGAAUUAACGUUUUAUGAGGGUGAAAUUAUCGUGGUGGAUGGAGAAGAGGACCAGGAGUGGUGGAUCGGACACGUCGAAGGAGAACCGGCCCGGAGGGGGGCAUUUCCGGUAUCUUUUGUGCACUUUUUUACGGAAUAACCGGUAAACAUUACGACAAAACGAUUGAAACGUGCUUUUUUCUGCGUGGGAUUCGAGCCAAGCAGACGGCGUCUGCAGAAAUCUGAACUGGAGACUCCGGGGCCGCUAUCGCACGCCCUGCCUGCAGCCACUCCUUCCGCUACGACCGAAAAGAAAUCGUAACGUUUUGUUUGGACGCUGGUGUAUUCCUUGUAUAUUUAUUUUUCCUUAAAGGAAGUUUCCUACAAAUCGGAUGUAGAUAUUCAUGUUGGACACUAGAGAUCGCCACAGUCUUCUAAGGAUCUUUUGUACCCUGCCGGCUUUCUAUGAUCAAUGGUUUAUUCAUGGCGUCCUGUGCUAUGUUGGUGCAUUGCAGGGCGAUGUACUAAACACUCACCUGCAGCUAAUGGGUUAAAUGUCUUUCGGGAAUAUAUUUUUUUGUCUUUCUGGUUAGUAAAUUAACGCUACUUUUUUUUAUAUAGAACUAAUCAUUUCACUCCUGUGAUCUAAUAAAUAACCAGAUGAAUCAA